UCAGUACGAUUUGUGUGCUCAACCGACAACGUCGUGCUGCCAGCCUGCCUGACUUGUUCCAGCAGAAAAGAGAGUAAGAAAACCCGGCAAAGAAGGCCCAUUACCCCAGACCAGUUUUCGCUGUGGUAAUGACGCGCUGAAGUUGUAUUCCUCCCUGUCCCUCUCUCUCGCGCGCGUGUGUGUGUGUGUUUAACAACUGUGCGUGGUCUGCGCGUGUAUCGGUGUUGCCAAAAAUAUAAAACAAAAUUAGUAGCAAAAUAACAACAAACGACGCCUGCGUUUCUUUUUCAAGCUAACUGAACAAAAUGUCCGAGAAACAGGCACGUUGGUACUUCGGUGGCCUCGGCAGUGUGGGUGCGGCAUGUGCCACACAUCCCUUGGAUCUGAUCAAGGUCACGCUGCAGACACAACAGGGCAACCUGUCGGUGGUACGAUUGAUUCCGCAAAUCAUCAAAGAGCAGGGAGUGCUGGCCUUUUACAAUGGCCUCUCCGCAUCCAUACUGCGUCAGAUGACGUAUUCCACUACGAGAUUUGGUGUCUAUGAAGUGGGUAAACAACACAUAAACACCGACACAUUUGCCGGCAAAAUUGGCCUAGCUGGUCUAUCGGGUCUAAUUGGUGGCAUUGUGGGAACACCUGCCGAUAUGGUCAACGUGCGUAUGCAGAACGAUGUAAAGUUACCCUUAGAGAAGCGCAGAAACUAUAAGCAUGGAAUUGAUGGCCUUAUCAAGGUGUAUCGCCAUGAAGGCGUGCGUAAUCUAUUCUCCGGCGUAACCACAGCAACUGCCCGUGGCGUUUUCAUGACCAUUGGCCAAAUAGCGUUCUACGAUCAGAUCAAAUCGUAUCUGCUGACUACGCCCCACUUCCAGGACAACCUGGUAACGCAUUUUACUGCCUCGCUCAUGGCCGGCGCUAUUGCCACCACAUUGACGCAGCCAAUGGAUGUGCUGAAGACACGCAUGAUGAAUGCCAAGCCGGGCGAAUACAAUGGCCUGUGGGAUGUCAUUCGGCACACUGCCAAGCUGGGUCCACUUGGUUUCUUUAAGGGCUAUGUGCCGGCAUUUGUGCGGUUGGGACCGCAAACGAUCUUAACGUUUGUGUUCCUCGAGCAACUGCGUCUGAACUUUGGCUAUGAAAAGACUAAGAAAUCCAGUCCGUAAUCCUAAACAUUCCAUCUGAGCAGAGGGUGUUGAACUAAAUGCUAGAUGUUUUAGUUGUAAUUAAAUAAUUGAUUAAUGCUAAUAACUCGUAAUAACGAAAAUGCUUUUAUUGUUGGAAAUAUAUAUGUUGUACAUUCUUACAUACUUGUGUAUGCGAAUUAUAAAAUGAAA